GGAGCUAGAGUUUGGGUGAAAGAUCCAGAAACUGUUUGGAAAGGAGCGUUCCUCUUACAGGACUAUGAAGGGGGUGUACUCCACCUGGAAACUGAGUGCGGGGAAUCCCAAGAACUCCAGAUAAAGAAUGAUACAGAACUCCCGCCUCUUAGGAAUCCUGAUAUUCUGAUCGGAGAGAAUGAUCUUACAUCUUUAUCAUAUCUUCAUGAACCUGCUGUUCUUCAUAACCUCAGAGUCAGUGAGGAAGCAUUUAAGCUUAUGGAGAGAGAUAGUAAAAAUCAAUCAAUCAUCGUCUCUGGUGAAUCUGGUGCCGGUAAAACGGUUUCUGCGAAGUAUAGUAUGCGAUACUUCGCUACAGUCGGGGGUACAGGAGAUACUGAAACACAGAUGUAUUCUAAAUUUCUAAGAAUUUAUGUUUUAGGAAAUGCGAAAACUACGAGAAAUGACAACUCCAGUAGAUUUGGAAAAUAUAUUGAGAUUGAUUUCUCCAAGAGUUAUCAGAUUAUAGGGGCUAACAUGCGUACUUAUCUUCUAGAGAAGUCCAGAGUGGUUUUUCAGGCUGCAGAGGAGAGGAACUACCACGUGUUCUACCAGAUGUGUGCUGCCAGGGAGGAGAAGGAGUUGGAGGGAUUAGCUCUAGAUCAUCAGGAUACAUUCUUAUAUACAAACCAGGGGGAUAAUCCGGAUAUUCCGAAUGUGGAUGAUUUAAAGGAGUUUCGAAAAACUCAUGAAUCUUUUAAACUUCUUGGCUUCUCUGAAACUGACACGACCAAUAUUUACAGGAUCCUAGCAGGAAUACUUCAUCUUGGUAAUAUUGGUAUCCAACCUGGAGGAGGUAGAGGGGAUAAUGAAUCCAGUCUAAUAAAGUCUGAUGAUGUUGGGUUGGUUGAGAUGAGUCGUCUGCUUGAUAUAGAACAGGAACAGAUGAGACAGUGGCUCUGCCAUCGAAAGAUUGUUUCUAGAAAUGAGUCUUUCACUAAGCCAAUGGGACAAACACAGGCACAACAGUCCCGUGAUGCUCUGGCAAAGUGUAUCUAUUCAAACCUCUUCGAUUGGAUAGUCCAUCAGAUCAACAAGGCCUUGCGCACUUCACAGAAGAUAAACAAGUUUAUUGGUGUGCUGGAUAUUUACGGAUUCGAAACAUUUGAGAUAAAUAGUUUCGAGCAGUUCUGUAUCAACUACGCCAACGAGAAACUACAGCAGCAGUUCAACCUUCAUGUGUUCAAGCUGGAGCAGGAGGAGUACGUCAAGGAAGGAAUAGAAUGGAAAAUGAUAGAUUUCUACGAUAAUCAGCCCUGCAUAGACCUUAUCGAGAGUAAACUUGGUAUUUUAGAUUUACUGGAUGAAGAAUGCAGGGUUCCUAAAGGCUCAGAUAAAUCCUGGGUGGAGAAACUUUACGACAAGUGUAAGAAGUACGAACAUUUUAGUAAACCUAGGCUCUCCCAGUCAGCUUUCCUGGUCAAACAUUUUGCAGAUCAGGUUGAAUACGAGUGUGAUGGAUUCUUGCAUAAAAAUCGAGAUACAGUCAUGGAGGAACAGAUUGCUAUACUAAAGGCCUCUAGAAAUGAUCUUCUCUCUGACCUUUUUAUCUCCGAAGGAAAGUAUACAGGGAUGGAUAACUUGCCAGUGAAGAAGAAUACCCCUGUUAAGCCGGGUGGUCAGGGGGCUGCUAAAUCUCACAAGAAAACUGUUGGGUCGCAAUUCAGAGAAUCUUUGAAUUUACUGAUGACCAACCUGAAUUCAACAAACCCUCACUAUGUUCGAUGCAUAAAACCUAAUGAUGCUAAAGCCGCGUUCAUUUUUGAACCUAAGCGUGCAGUUCAACAGCUGCGAGCCUGCGGAGUUCUGGAGACUGUUCGAAUAUCGGCUGCAGGGUAUCCUUCCAGAUGGACCUACUACGAUUUCUUCCUGAGAUAUCGUGUUCUCUGCCACUCAAAGGAUGUGUUUAAAGGAGAUUACAGAGGAACCUGCGAGAACAUUGUUAACAAGUUAAUUCAGGAUGAAGAUAAAUAUCAAUUUGGGAAAAACAAACUCUUCUUCAGAGCUGGACAGGUAAAUUAUUAUUAUUUUCAGGUGUACGUGACUUUUCUCACCUUGUUUAGGAAGAAGUACAGGGCAACCCAGGCUGCUGCCGGGACCCUGCAGAGAUGGGUUAGAGGAUUUCUAGCGAGGAGGAAGACGAGAGGGAUCAGGAGAACCAGAGCUGCAACCAGGAUACAAGCUCUUGUUCGUGGAUUUAUCCAGAUCUCGAAAUAUAGACGUCUUCGUAACUUGGUAAUACAACUACAAGCACACAUCAGAGCAUACAGGGCUCGGCAGGAAUAUAAACAACUGAGACAGGAAAAAGCAGCAGUUAUUAUACAGAAGAAUGCCAAGGGCUGGAUUGCUAGGUUGAAGUACCGAAGAGCGCUGAAGAGGAUUGUUGUAGUGCAGAGUGCGGUUAGACGGACCCUGGCAAAGAAACAGUUUAAAAAGUUGAAGAUAGAGGCCAGAAGUGUUGCUAAACAAAAAGAACUCAAUAAAGGUUUAGAGAAUAAGAUUAUUAGCCUUCAGCAGAGGUUAACAGAGGCCAAGGAGGACAACAAGGCCCUCAAACUAAAGGUUGAGGCUGGGGUUGGAUUAUCAGCAGAAUUGGAUAAACUGAAGAAAACUGAAGAUGAAUCUAAAUCUCGGGCUGAGAGGAUUAAACAACUUGAAGAGGAACUUAGACAGACUCGGUCUGAGCUGCAGCAUGAGAGAGAGGAGAAGGUUGAUCUUGUCACGGAGAAGGUUCGAGGAGAGGAGGAGAUAGCAAACCUUCAAAAACUUUUCCAACAGGAAAAAGGUUCGCUUGAAGCCCAGAUAUCAGAGAUGAAAACAGCUGCUGAGAAUUCUGGGAAGAUUAGCCCUGGUGAGGUGGAGAGACUGGAGAAUGAGAAGAAGCAGAUCCAUGCUGAAUAUGAGCAGGAGAGGAUCGCUUACCAGAAGCUUCUCAAGGAUUUUAAUAGGAUGGAGCUACAGUGUGAAAACCUUCAGGACGAGGUUUCAUCUCUACGAGGAAGAAAUAAACAUGAAAGAACCAUCAAUGAUAUCAGCUGUAGCAGUCUCAUGGAGGGUGAGGAUGAAUCAGCCUAUGGAGGAUCAGGGAGGAGCAGCAUGGUCUCCACUUUAGAAAGGGAUAAUCUACUGGAGAGUAUGACAGUUAAUGAUAACAAUCAGGAUAUUGGACUUCUUAUGAAACUACAGGGAGCCCUGAAAGAAGAACAAAGGAUACGGGAGAGUAUGGAAAGGGAGAAGGAAAGUCUGGAAAGAAGAAUUGAUGAACUGGAAGGAAGGAAUGGAAACAACAACAACAAUGCUGUUGGAACUGCUGCUGCUGUUGCACAAGACAAGAUCAAGGUUGAGGACCUUGAACUAGAGAAUAGAAAGCUGAAGGAGAAUAUUGAUGCUCUGAGAAGAAGUAUCGCCCAGAGCGGAGAAGGAGAAGGAGAGGAAAAUAUCGCCCUCCGAGAAAUCAUGGAUCAGUACUCCAGCUUAGAGGAGGAGCUGGAGAGAAGAAGAGAAGAAUGUUUACAAUUGAAAACUGUUCUAGCUAAUGUACAGGUUGAUCCGGCCUCAUUUAUGGGAGAGGGAGAACCGGACAUUGAAGAACUAUUAAUUGCUUAUGAGAGCCAGAAGAAUGUUAUUCAGCAACUACAGACUACGCUAGCAGAGGAGAGAGAUAAAUCUAGAAGCACAGAAUCCAAUCUGAGAACGGAGUUGGAAAAAAUGACGUUAGCUAACAGGGAUGCCCAACAAGUUUUAACAACUAAUCUGAAAAGAAAUCCUGCCAACCAAACAGAAGCUAUCAUGCAGCAUGAAUUACAAAGAUUAACAGGCGAGAACUUUGAUCUACGAGAGAAGAUUGAGACUCUAACUGAGCUGACCAAGAGAUUAAAGAAACAGCUGAAACUGUACAUGAAGAAGCUGGCAGAUUAUGGAGGCGGUAUCAGUGAAACAGAAGAAAGGGAUCAAAAGCAAAAUGAAAAUGAUGUUACACUACCUGCUAUUACAAGGAUUGAGCAGAACUGUCUUGGUAUGCUGGAGUAUGAUAAAACAAUGGAGGAUAAGGUUCUACGGGCUCUUAUUUCAGAUCUGAAACCUAAAGUUGCAAGCCAGCUACCGCCUGGCCUGCCGGCCUACUUCUUGUUCAUGUUAAUCCGUCACCUGGAUCAUAUAAACGACGAAAAGAAUGUUCGAACCCUUAUACAGGGAGGCAUAGCGUACAUAAAGAAGAUAAUAAAGAAGCAGAAAGUUCAAACGGAUAUUGAACUUAAAACUCUGUGGCUUUCCAAUACUCUCAGAUUACUGCACUGCUUGAAACAGUACUCUGGAGAGGAACAGUUCCAGCUUCACAGUACACCUAAACAAGUGGAACACUGUCUUAGAAACUUUGAUCUUACCGCCUACAGGCGUGUACUGAGUGAUAUAGCAGUAUGGAUCUACCUGGGUAUACCAGGGCGUGUACUGAGUGAUACAGCAGUAUGGAUCUAUCAGGGUAUACUGUACUGUUCUAUAUUAGGAGAUAAGCCACGAGCUAUGAGAGGAAGAGCAGGAUCUGUUGGGAAUGAUCUGGAUGGUCCAGGGAAUAUGGAUCCCAAGGUUGCCCUGGAUACCCUUCUCAGCUGUUUAACCAGGUUCCACAGUAUCCUGCAGAAACAUGGACUAGACCCGGAAAUAGUUUCCCAGAUAUUCCGCCAGAUAUUCUACUUCCUGUGUGCUGGGUGUCUAAAUAAUCUUCUUCUAAGGAAGGAUAUGUGCCACUGGUCUAGAGGAAUGCAGAUAAGGUAUAAUAUUGCACAGUUGGAACAGUGGGCCAGAGAUCAGAAGAUUGAAGAUACUGAAACUAAAGUUAUUGAUACUCUUCUACCUAUUAUACAGGCUACCCAGCUGCUACAAGCCAGGAAGAGUGAGGAGGAUGUAUCUGGUAUCUGUGACAUGUGUGACAAACUGAAGGUCUCCCAGAUUAUCAAGAUCUUGAACCUGUACACUCCAGCUGACGAGUUCGAGGAGAGGGUCAGUCCAGCCUUUGUCAGGAAGAUUCAAGCUAAACUUCAGGAGAGAUCCCUGGAGGAAGCUAGAAACCAGGUCACCUUGCUCAUGGAUGCAAAGUUUAGCUUUGCGGUUAAGUUUCCCUUUAACCCGAGUAAAAUACAUUUUGAUGAGUUGGAUGUACCGGCAACGUACACAAACUUGGCAACCCUGGUCAGGAAGAUAUAAUACUACCUGGCAACCCUGUUUAGGAAAAUAUAAUACUACCCGGCCACCCUGGUUAGGAAGAUAUUAUACUACCUGGCUAGUGACUAGCCUAUACCUACCCUGGUUAGGAACAGGGUUAGGAAAAAGGAGUUGAUUUUUUGCAAAAUAUAAAAUUUGUCUUCACUUUAAUAUUCACCUCUUCCAAAAUAAUUAAAAUGUUUCAAUCUGAAAACAUAUUUUUCAUACUUUUUGCCAGUCUAGUUCUCAAACUGUCGCUGUAAAUCCUCCUUUUAUUAAAAUUGAUCUAAUCGAAGAAUGGCAGCAAAAAUGAAUCUUAAACAUGGACUUAAAAUAUGCCAUUCCAAUUUUCUCCUGAUUUAAUGUGAUAGCGGACUAAUACUUAAUUUAGUUAAAUUACUCCUAACAGUUGGGUUAGUUUUAACAAUCAGUUUUUAAGUUUUAUUAUUAUGUAAGAAAUGUUAAUGUCAAAUUAUUAUUUAAACUUAUGAAUAUAUGUUUUGUAUUAUCCGUUUAGAUUUUUAUCAAAAUUCUUCUUGUAUAACUAACAUUUAGGCAAUUCAAUUUUAAAAUUAGAAUUUUGAAUUUUGAUACUUUGCAGCAUCUUAGAGGUGGUAAUUGUACAUUAGGGUAAAGCAAAUCAUUUUGAUUAGUUUAUUAUAUAAGUUGUGGAAUUCAUGAUAAAAAUUUAGGUUUUUCUAAAAAAAAGAUUAAAAAUGGUGUGCCUCAUAAUUAGUUAUGGCUUUUUUGAUUUUAUUUAGCAAAGUAACCUUUUCAUACCAUUUACUUUACCCUGGUGCUCUGUAGUUGAUAAAUUUAGUCUUAAUGUUAUAUAUAUUUAAACAUUAAUUAAUUUAACCGUACAGCAUGUGCCUUAUUUUUUA